CCUUAUCGUGCGAGGAUAAGCUGCACACUGAGGCUGAGGCGCUGGACGACGCGCCACUUGCUCCCGCCUUCCCAUGUCGGCCGCGGUGCUCCCCUCCGUCGCCACCGCCCGGGAAUCCGGCGGCGGCCACAGUGUUGCCCUCAACGCCGAUCGCGCCGUUUCGCUCCUCGUGGCCUGCUCGACCGCCCGCCGCGCCUCCGAGCUCCACGCUGCCGUGCUCCGCGCGGGCCUCGACAGCGACCGGGCGGUCGCCUUCCGCCUGCAGCGCGCCUACGCCGCGUCCGGCCGCCUCGACCACUCCCUCACCCUCCUCCACCGCACCCAGGACCCCACCGCCAUCUUCUACACCUCGGCCAUCCGCGCCCACUCCUCCCGCGGCCUCAGCCUCGCCGCGCUCGCGCUCCUCUCCGACAUGCUGUCCGACGGCCUCCUCCCCACCGCCCACACCCUCUCCGCCUCCCUCCCCGCCUGCCGCGGAAUCUCCCUCGGCCGCGCCCUGCACGCGUACGCCUUCAAGCUGGCCCUCUCCGGCGACUCCUACGUCGCCACCGCGCUGCUCGGCAUGUACGCGCGGGCGGGGGACGCCGCCGCCGCCCGUGCGCUGUUCGACGAGAUGCAGCCGGACCCGCACGUCGUGUCCGUCACGGCGAUGCUCACCUGCUACGCCAACAUGGGUGCGCUGGAUGACGCGCGCAGCCUGUUCGACGGGUUGCCCAACAAGGACUUCAUCUGCUGGAACGCUAUGAUUGACGGGUACACGCAGCACGGGAAGCCCAACCAGGCUCUCCAGCUGUUCCGGCAGAUGCUGAGAUCGAGUGUCCAGCCUGACGAGGUGACUGUCGUGCUGGUCCUCUCUGCGGUUGCACAGCUUGGUACGGCGGAGUCAGGGAAGUGGCUCCAUUCCUAUGUCAACAACAGUCGACGCGUUCGACUCAAUCUCAGAGUGGGCACCGCACUUGUUGACAUGUACUGCAAGUGCGGAAGCCUGGAGGAUGCGGUCGCUGUUUUCCAUGGAAUUGCUGACAAAGAUAUUGUUGCGUGGAACGCCAUGAUCAAUGGUUAUGCAAUGCACGGAGAAAGCACAAGGGCACUGGAGAUGUUUGCGCACUUGCGGGAGCAGGGCCUCUGGCCCACAGAUAUCACCUUCAUUGGCUUGCUCAACGCUUGCAGUCAUUCUGGGCUGGUUGAGGACGGCCGCAAGUUCUUCCGAUCAAUGGAGCAGGAGUACGGCAUUGAUCCCAAAAUCGAGCACUAUGGUUGCAUGGUGGACCUUCUUGGUCGUGCGGGGCUCGUAGACGAAGCAUUCCAUCUUGUCCAGAGCAUGACACUAACACCUGACGCUGUCUUGUGGGUGUCACUACUUGCCGCAUGCCGGCUUCACAAGAACAUGGCGUUAGGCCAGCAGAUUGCAGACUAUCUUGUUGCCAAGGGGUUAGCCAACUCGGGGAUGUAUAUCCUCCUCUCCAACAUCUACGCAGCUGUUGGUAAAUGGGAACAAGUUGCGCAGGUGCGGUCGAUGAUGAAGGCUAGUGGCAUCCAAAAAGAGCCUGGUUGUAGUGCCAUUGAGAUAGACCGGAAGGUAUACGAGUUCGUUGCAGGGGAUAUGAGCCAUCCCCGCACCGAUGAAAUAUAUGCCAUGCUAGACAAGAUGAAUGGCCUAGUGAAGGAGCAUGGACAUGUUCCACAGACUGAGAUAGUUCUGCAUGACCUGGAUGAGCCGAUGAAGGAGAGGGCACUUGCGGUACACAGCGAGAAGCUUGCCGUUGCAUUUGGACUGGUAAGCACAGAGCCUGCAGCGACGAUCAAGAUUGUCAAGAACCUACGGGCGUGCUCUGACUGCCAUGCAGUGUUGAAGCUGGUAUCGAAGAUCACUGGCAGGAAGAUUGUGUUCAGAGACAGGAACAGGUUCCACCAUUUUGUCGACGGGUCCUGUACUUGUGGCGAUUACUGGUGAUCCCAUGAUGCGAACUCAAACUUUACGCAGAGUAAAUAGGGCUACUGACAUUUGUGCUGCUAAUUGAGAUACAGUGGUAAUGUGUGAACUACAGUUGCUUUUACGAACUACGUUGGUGAGGGUCCAUUUUACACACAUUUAAAUCUACCCCUGAGGUUGUCAACCAUAAAAUGGUGUGCAAGUAUAAAUGUCACUUAGGGCUUAUAAAGGGUGGAGUUGUGGACACAAGGCAUUACUUUACUUUGCAGGAUGGCUAUAAGAAGUGGAAAGGAGACAACUCUUUCCUAAUUCCCUGAGAGUUCGAUAUAAACCCUCGAGUCACCCUUGUGGAGAAAAUUCUUCGCUGACCACAACACUCUGCACUUGGAGUCCCAACGUCAUCAGGGGCGUCGCCGGAAUAAAAGAGGGAGCCAGGGCGGCGGCCCUAGAGAGGCGCAGCUGGGUGCUGCAGCUUGCGGUGUCGCAGGCAUGGCGCUGCAACAGCGGGGUCUGAGCAGGCCGUUUCGGGCCUCAUAUGUGGUGGGCGGGCGCAGAGAUGCGGUGUGCUGCGUGAUGAGGACAUCCCUACUGAACUACUACCUCCGCCACUUCAUCAUGAUCGAGAUGUUGCUGUGGAGCUCAAGUCCAAUGAAGUCAGGAUUGGACCCAUUACAAGGGCUCGUGCAAAGCUACUAGAACAACAGGUGAAUUCACUCCUAAGUGAUACCGCUAAUUUACAUGUUAAGAACUUUAUACUAACUAAGUCGUUGCAACUAUGUAUGAUGAGUUACGAGGGAGAAUCAAGCGUUGCACGGGAAGAAGAGGAGCUACACAAGGUGUUGGACGUGAAAACAUUUCACGGAUGCACGAGGAAUGAGAUAGAGACAAGCACAUCAGAAGAGGAAGGCCUCAGCGGCACUACCACCGCAUUACCAGCGACACUUCCGCCCGUGAGUAGUGGUACCAUCGCCGAUGCUAGUAGCACUGCCGCCCGUACCUAGCGGUACUGCCCCCGGGUCUGAACCAUUUGGCCGAAAACCGUUUUGGGUCGUUUGUAUCCAAUUAUUUCGUACCCCAGUCGUUCCGGAUGCCUAUAUAAGCUACAUGGACGCCCCUAAAUUAGGUUUAGACCACGUUUAAGAUAAACCCAAGUUCCAGACUUAUUGCUAUUGCAUACAGCUGAAAUUACAACACAAAUUCGCAUC